AUGUUCGCACGAUCGAUGGUUAUGACAGCAAGGUCGCCCUACCUGAUAGAUUACGAUGAAUUGCCGGCCUACGCCAAGCAUGGACCCUACGUCCAGACAGGGUACCGUCGGCCAGGCGAUGCAGCAGCGGCUAUCGCCUCGUCCUCCGAGACAGUCGUGGUGACCAGUGGAGUCGAUUACCCAAGGACGACCACUUCGACGCUGAAGCAGUUGUACGUACAUGACACAUUCUACAAGUGCUGGAAGAGCGUGUGGUGUUACUGGCACAAUGAAACUAUGAACAUUCAUACGCAUUUGUGGGGCUCAGUCCUCGCUUUCAUCGUCCUUCUCUUGCAGCUGGCCGACGUGCAUGGAUGGCUCCCCCCCGGGCCAUGGCCCAUCUUAUCGAUGGAAUCGUUUCCGUCCCACAAUCCACUAGAGCUCUUCUCCGAUUUGGGAUUGCGGAUGAACCGCCUUGAACGACUUCGAGAGCCGAGUCAUGGCGACCUCGCGGCCAUGACGGUCUUUUUGCUCUCCGCCAUGCUCUGCUUGGGCUGUAGUGCGACCUACCAUACGCUGGCCUGCCAUUCACACAAAGUGGCACAGAGCUACAACCGUCUAGACUAUGCCGGGAUUGUGAUCCUCAUUGUCGGCAGCAAUGUCCCUGCCUUGCACUUUGGCUUCCACUGCCAUGGCAUGCUGCGUACCAUCUACAUGGUCAUGGUCUUUUUCUGGGGCAUGCUUACGUUUUACGUGGUGACACAGCCGCACUUCACCUCGCCCAAGUACAAAGCCCUGCGUGCCUUUUUGUUUGUCGUGCUUGGUCUUAGCGGGAUUCUGCCGCUCCUCCAUGGCCUCUAUGUCGCGAAAAGCUGGCAUUUCGUGGCAGACGUCCUAGGCGCCAAGUACGUGAUGUACAGUGGCGCGGUGUACAUUAUCGGUGCUAUGAUCUACGUGGCCCACUUCCCUGAGGCCAAGUUCCCGCGCACGUUUGAUUACAUUGGCGCCUCGCACCAAAUCUUCCACGUGUGUGUCCUAGCCGGUGCUUUCUUGCACUGGUUGGGCGUGCGUCAGGCAUAUACGUUCUGGCAUGCGCUAGAGACGCUCUCUGGUGAAACGGCGCAAGACGCGGUAUGUUACGCCUUGCACAAGGCAAUCGGUGUAUAG